AUGUCUGCCCUUCGUGGUCAACCAUCCUUUGGGGGCAACAAGAAGAAGCCUGGGGCAAAGCCGUGUUCACAAGAAUGCGUUGAAUCAAGCAGUGAUGAGCAAAUCAGGUCGAGACAACCGGUUUCCGAGCCCAAAACCGUUCUCGGGGCAGGCAGGAUCGACCCAUUCAAUGCCUAUUGUGCCCCAGACCAGCCUCUGAUGGUUCAUGAAAUGCUUGAUCAUGCCAUAUCAUACCAGUGGUCCCUCUUUGCCGCAGACGACAAGCCAGGAUCGCUGCUCAUGGCCAAGAAGUUGGUCAUGGACACUGCCAUCCGCUCUCCUUUGUGCUUUCAUACCCUUGUCUAUGCCGGUGCCGCCCAUAAAGCUUUCCACCAAUCUCCGACCGUCGACAAUUCUAAGAGCGCGGUUUUGCGCUUGACAAGCAAAGUGGAAGCGAUCAAGUCGCUCAGAACAGCCCUCCAUUCCCAAGCAACAGCAUUGACCGACGAAGUUAUCUUUGCUAUGACGAUAUUGGCCAUUGUCGGCCACGGAGAAAAAGUAACGGCUGCAGAAAAGCAGGAGAAAAGAACAAUGUCAGCUCAGCAAGACGGCCAGUUCUACUCCAGCCAGGAAUACGAGUGGCGGCACAUGAAGGCCGUGAUCGAGAUCGUCAAAAUGAAAGGCGGACUGCAUACAAUCCGGUUUCCUGGGCUUGCCUUUGCUCUCGCUUCCUUCGAUAUCCAUUCAUCGAUCAUGUUUCAAACCAAACCUUCAUUCCCGCUGUUUAUGCCAUCUUUGCCAGUCAUCAGUUCCUGGGCCACUAGCCAACCCACAAGUCCGGCAUCUCAAAGAUUCCCCACUCUCGUCACUGGGUUCAACUUCUUGACAGACUUGAAUUUGCCUGCAGCCGACGAAUUGCUGAACGUCCUCCAUGUCAUGCGUGAUCUGAUUGUUGCCUUCGACAGCUAUCAGCGGGGUGAUGGUGAAGCUCCUCCAAUCAAGAUGAUCAUCUUCGCCCGAAACCUGAAUCAGCACGAGCUGUUGACCUUGCCUGACCUAUCGGAGGAACUCUUUUCACCAAGUUUGGCAUUCAUCGAUGACCCAGCAAUCCUGGAGAGGCAUCUCGCACUUGCAAUUUAUGAGCUCUGUCGGCUGUGCGCCUUCAUCUUCCAACUUACGGUACUUCUGCCAAACUUGCACGAUAAUGUAUACGUGACCAUACCCUACGCCCGGCGCAUCAAACGAUGUCUGCAAUCCGCAACCACCGACUUGCGUCUCCAACCGGAUUUAACUUAUGAUGCUUUCUUCCUUUGGGUCGCCGUAAUGACUGCUUGGUCUGUAAGGAGCACAGAUCUUUACGACUGGUUUGUCGACUUCUUGGUCCGACAUUUGAGCUCCGAGAGAACAGGCAAAGAGGGUGACAUCAGGAAAUACUGGGGGUUGAUUGUGAAAGACAUGCUUGCCAGAUUCCUAUGGCUGGACAGUGAAUGCGAAGCACCUUGCGCAGAAAUCUGGAAAGACGUCAAAGCUUUACUGGAUCCACAUGAGCACUUGGUGUUCCAGUAG